GUCAAACAAGUCAGUCAGCCUUCUGCUUCGGUGCGAGGCCAACGGUACGCAGCAUUCAUCCGGCGAAUGAAUGUCUCUGACCAUUUGUGUCGUUUGUAAUUUCAGAGUAGUAGACAGGAACUGAAUCGGCCAAGUGAUGGUGGCUCUUUGUGAUUCGGCGCGACGCUAUUGAUUUUCUGGGCGGUGUAUCACGGGCGCCGCCAUAGUAAAUGGAAGAAAAGCGUCUUUCUUUACAAAUUUUGUCAGUAGUUUGUUGUCGGCGUUCGCGUUCACAUCCGUCUCCACAUCCUCCUUCAACUGUGAUAUGCCCAGAUGGAAUUGCUUUAAAAACAAUUCGUGUGACAUUUUAGAAGACGUACUGCCGUAUACAUUGCCGUGAAAAUGCCACGCGUGUCCGUUCGUCGACUAUUUGUCUACGCGAUCUACACUGUAGUGGUCACAUCGCUGGUCAUGUUGGCAUUUCACGUUCAGCAACAGAAUCCAUUAUGGCUGCGAGUUCUCGAGCAAUCAUCCGGCUCAGGUGGCUAUUAUCAACAAAAUAGCAAAGAAAUUGAAGAUGAAGCACCAGCACAUUUCGUUGUGGUCAAUAACGACGAGAAAACAUCUGUGGAUAAUGUGACCACCGCUAACAUCAAUCCCUUACGUAGCCAUGGUCUGCCAUGGUACAUUAAAAACGAUGGUUAUAGGCCAUCACAGGGCGAUGUGGUAGACAACAUCUGGCCCGAUGGCCGAUUAAAUGGUGACCGAAUCGAACAACAGCUGAUGGUUCCCACACGAGAUGCUGAUGGCAUUUCAGGUGAGGGCUCAUCUUUUCUUGCCGGUGUUGUGAAGCCGUUGAAGAAAAUUUUCUUGCCAAACGGAUUGGGUUCGUGGCAGACAAAGAGCGGACAGAAAGUUUUCACCGACCAAAAAUGUCCUGUGGAUCGGUGUUCGCUGACAAGCAAUCGCGAAGAAGCUGCCAAUGCAGACGCUAUCAUGUUUAAAGAUUUUUUUGCUACACCAAGUCAUCAAAGACCUCCUCAUCAGAUUUGGAUCAUGUACAUGUUGGAAUGCCCUUUGCAUACUCAGUACAUCCGAGAAAAAGACGUGUUCAACUGGACGGCUACCUACAAAUCGGAUAGCGAAUUGGUAACACCCUACGAAAAAUGGGUUUACUACGACGUAAAAGUCAGAAGGAAACCAGUGACAACCAAUUUCGCAGCCAACAAGACGAAACAAGUGGCCUGGUUUGUGUCCAACUGCGGAGCCAAAAAUAAUCGUCUCGAAUACGCACACAGCCUACAGAAGUAUAUAGAUGUCGAUAUCUACGGCAGUUGCGGAACCAAAAACUGUCCCAGGCACAGCGGGGACCAUUGCCUUGAUAUUUUAUCAACCGAUUAUAAAUUUUACUUGGCCUUCGAGAACUCUAAUUGCCGAGACUACAUCACAGAGAAGUUCUAUGUCAAUGGGCUUGGAUCUAAAGUCCUUCCCAUCGUGAUGGGUGCUCCAAGAAAAGAUUACGAAAAGCAUGCCCCAGAACAUUCUUUUAUUCACGUGGACGACUUUGCGUCGCCUAAAGAACUGGCCGAUUACCUCCACCGAUUGGACUCAAACGACUCGCUGUACAACGAGUACUUUGAAUGGAAGGAAACUGGCCAAUUUAUCAACACGUAUUUCUUUUGCCGUUUGUGUGCCAUGUUGCACGAAGCUCCUUAUUCACCGGCGCGCAGUUACGAAGAUUUCAACGAGUGGUGGCGAGGUGGCACAAACUGCAUUAAAGGAUCGUGGCGGGAUCUCGAAAUCCAUCGACGUAAAAAAAAGAAGAAGAUAAUGGAGUUAACGCAGGCAACAAGUUGAAUUGAUUAUUACAUUCCACUAUUUAAAUUCCGUGGCGAUUCGUAAUGCCAAUUCCAUGGCAGAGGUAUUGACUUAGUCAACAUAGUCCGUGUUUUUUUUGGUUUUUUUAUUUCUUUUAGAUUGUCACGUUAUUUAAGAAACUUGAAGAAAAACAUAUACGCAUGUACGCACACACAUACAGUUCGUGGAGGAUUUAUAGGUGAGAAUUGGAAUGAGCAAUUAAACACCUGGGAUUUAAAAAGGUUUAAUGCCAUCCCAAUUUUGUUUGAAUUGAAGAAAAAAAAGGAUGUUUGUGAUUUACCCCAAAUCAAUUUGGUUAUUUUUUUCUCUGGGUGCUAGUCACUGAUACAGUGAACGUGUGUAUGCAAAUUUCUUUUUUUUUUUAUGUCUACCGCACACUGCGAUUCUAUUUUGUGUAACGUCAUUAUAUUUCAGACCAACGGGCGCACAUAACCCAGUCGCGAUUGAUUGCACAUAACUGUUAAAAAAAAAGAGGCCAUUUUGAUUGUUUUUCUGUUGAAGGUAUUUGGCUGUUCAGAUUUUGUUUUCAAAUCGUCAUCUGUAUAAUUGAAUGCCCGUUUUUUAAUCAUUUCGAAUGGAAUUUACUGUUACACUGGAUCGCUAACUGAAAAAUACACGAAAGGAUCGAUAUACCCGAAA